UCGACUCCAUGGAGGGAAGGGUUAUGAGAAUAGCAGGGCCCAGAUAAGUCUGUACAAAUGGCUGGGCCAGGAGCAGAAGCUUUGCCAGUUGGCAGCACAACUCCUUGAGAAGUGUCCCAAAGAAACCCACCUGCCUGGCACAGUCCACACAGCCCCUUCUGGGCUGACUGCAGAGAGAAUGGUGGGAAAUAAGGAUAACUGGCCCAGUCUGGAUCAAACUUUUGUAGUUCAAGGGAAACUUUUGCACUCCCAAUACCAACUGUUUAAAUAAAACUGUUGGAAAAGAAGUGAUGUGAGGGGGUUUUGGGUGUGUUUUUAAGAUGCAGCCUAGUGCCUUAGCUUCACCCACUUCCCAGGCAGGCUUUGACUUCAGUUCCCUCUCUCCAGCUGACUGCACACAUCCCCCUGCUGAGGAAGGUUGCAGGGGCUGGCUCUGAGCGUGGUGACUGCUGUGCACGUUCGUGUCCCUGUUCCCCUCCCCAGCUCCACAUGGAACUCCUGCAGCCAGGGAGGCAAAGGUCUGGUGCGGGGUGGUGGUGCUGUACUUGGCUGAGGGUGACACAGCUGUGCGUUGGCCAGGAGAGGAGUCCUACUUAACUUGGUGUAGAUGUUCCUGACGGAGAAGAGGGUGAAGGAAGAGAUGAGAAAGCACAUCUGUGUGAUGUGGGGAAUGAUCUUGAAGUGUUGGUUUGCAAAGCAGCUUUCACAGCUGCUCAGGCCACUCUUGGUCUGUAGUUAAUGAGCAGUGAGACCAAGUUCUCUUUCAAACCUGGGCCAGAAGGCCUUUUAAGCUGGUUUAUUUUUUUCUUGGAGUGUAUUGUGUCUUUAAUUUUUAGCUUAUUGCCUGUUGCUUUCCAGGCAAUUUUUCACUUUUUUAAAAUGUCUUUUAAAUGUUAUCUCCACUUAAGCUUUUCUUUGUGAUGGAAGGCUGCAAAAGAUAUGGGAGUAUCUGGUAUCUUUCCAUAGACAGGACAAUGUACCGCUGGAGCCUAAUACGGCUGCAUUUAUUUGAGGUGGCUGCAAUGAAGUCUGCCUAAAGUCCUAUAGGUCUUCUGUGGUUGAAAAAAAAAAAGCUGUUUUGGCCAUGGAUACUGUAUAUUGUGGCUUUGCCAGUGCUAUUUCCCACAGCUAUUCCCAGUGCAUAAUUCUGUAAUGAAUGCUUUUUCUUUUUGGGUCACUAAAAAUAUGCAAAUAUGCUCAGGUGAAUCCCUGAUACAGGUGGGAAGAGGUUUUCCUUGGGAAUGGAAGAAUGUGGAGGGUGAGAGGUGAGAUACAUGUGACAGAAGUUUUCAGGAAAGCUGUCCCUUUACUGCUAUAUGGCUCAAUGUAUAGACAUUCCUUUUUCAGAGUGUACCCACCUAUUUUUUACAGAUCCUGGCUAAGAAGCUUUGCUCACCUGUGGUGCCCAGACAUUCUGCACUAAACCCAUGUGUUGCUUGUAUGUUGGUAGAAUUUUCCAUCUAUGUUGGCUGCUUAAAAAUGCCUAUUAUUUGAGGAGCUGACGUGCCUAACUAAAAAAAUAACCCCAAAACCCUCCAAAAAAACCAAAGGGCUGUGGCCCAUAGGGGCUCUUCCAGAGAGCAGGAAUAUGUAAGUGCUCUGAUUAUGGGUUAAAGGGAAAUUCACCUUGGGUGAAUUAAGGUCUGAUUUCAAAUGAAACCUAAAAAGUAGAGCUUGCAACAUGUAGUUUAAUAAUUUAUAGAGUUAGUCUUGACUUUUGGUCAAAUAUCUUUGUUACUUAAGUAGCUUUGCUGCCAACUAAAUAUAUCAGGGCUGCAGAGAGGACGUGGUUGGGGUUUUUGAGGUGGUUUGGAUGCCAAAAUGCCAACCCUAGAUGACAUUUUAGAGCAUGUUGGAGAAUUUGACAGGUUCCAGAAGCAAACCUUUUUCGUCCUAUGUUUGUUAUCUGCCUCCUUCACCCCAGUGUACGUGGGGGUCGUCUUCUUCGGGUUCACCCCUGAGCAUCGCUGCUCCAGCCCCGGGGUGGCUGAGCUGAGCCAGCGCUGUGGCUGGAGCCUGGAGGAGCAGCUGAAUCUCACAGUUCCCGAGUGGGAUGGCCACGGGGCCAGCUUCAGCAGCCGCUGCAGGAGGUACGAGGUGGACUGGAACACAACAGGCAUCAGCUGCACUGACCCCCUGGGCAGCCUGGGGGGCAGUGGGAGCGCCGUCCCCCUCGGUCCCUGCCGGGAUGGCUGGGUCUACGACUCCCCAGGGAGCUCUAUCGUGACAGAGUUUGACCUGGUGUGUGAGGACUCCUGGAAGUUGGAUCUCUUUCAGUCUUCUGUGAACGCUGGGUUUUUUAUUGGGUCCUUAAACAUUGGCUACAUUGCAGACAGGUUUGGCCGUAAAUUUUGCCUUUUAACAACAAUUGUUGCAAAUAUUGCGUGUGGACUCCUUCUGGCCUUCGUGCCCAGCUACCUGUGGAUAGUCAUCAUCCGGUUCUUGCAAGGGCUGGUCAGCAAGGGCUGCUGGACUGCAGGCUACAUCCUGGUGACGGAAGUGGUGGGCCCGCAGUACCGGCGGAUGGUGGGGAUCCUCUACCAGGCGGCUUUCUCCGUCGGCCUCCUGGUCUUCGACGGCAUCGCCUACGCCCUCCCUCACUGGCGGUGGCUGCAGCUCACUGUCACCCUGCCCACCUGCUUCCUCCUGCUCUACUACUGGUGCCUCCCAGAGUCUCCCAGGUGGCUGAUAUCUCAAGGAAAAAAUGACAAAGCUAUGAAAAUUGUCAGCAAUAUCGCUAAAAAAAAUCAGAAAAAGAUGCCUUCCCAUUUUAAGGAUAUUAAAUUUGAAGAGGAAGAUUGUGGAAAGCAGAAACCCUCGCUGAUGGACCUUUUCAGGACACCACAAAUAAGAAAAAACACGCUCAUUUUGAUGUACAACUGGUUCACGAGCGCCGUCCUCUACCAGGGGCUCAUCAUGCACAUGGGAAUGGCUGCUGAGAAUAUGUAUCUGGAUUUCCUCUACUCUGCACUCGUUGAGUUCCCAGCUGCCUUCCUCAUCAUCGUCACUAUCGACCGUGUCGGGCGGCGCUACCCCUGGGCCGUGUCAAACCUGGUGGCUGGGGCCGCCUGCCUUGCCACAGCCCUCCUCCCAGAGGACAUGCAUUGGUUGAAAGUGAUUACUGCUUGCAUUGGGAGAAUGGGAAUUACAAUGGCUUUUGAAAUGGUUUGCUUUGUAAAUACAGAACUGUAUCCAACUUAUAUCAGGAAUCUCGGGGUGAUGGUUUGUUCUUCUUUGUGUGAUAUUGGUGGAGUCAUCGCCCCAUUCAUUGUCUACAGACUGGUGGAGAUCUGGCAUGAUCUGCCACUGGUUGUCUUCACUGUGCUUGGUCUGAUUGCGGGUGGAUUGGUGCUGCUUCUGCCUGAAACUAAAGGAAGAGUUUUGCCUGAGACUGUGGAGGAUGUUGAAAACUUUCACAGGAAAAGUGCUCCAACAGCCAAAAAAAUCUAUCUCCGUGUGCAAGGAUCAGAAGCACCACAAGGCUGAAGAAGGUGUAACUCUUGCUGGGCAUUCUGCUUUAGGGCAGUAGCACAGAAAUGCCACUUAGAAUAAAUACCCUCUCAAAA